GCCGUCGUGACCUGCUGGCAGCGACGUCCGUGAAAACAGGACUCCACAGUAAACACAGGCUGUCCGCACACAGAGAGACAACUAACCCCAGGGUUACCUGAGCAGAAAGGUGUUUGUCCCGUCUGGCAUAGUGGGACUUUAGCUGAAACACCCCCUUGUCCUGCCGCUGUUCCCCCUGAAGACAUCCACCACCACCACCUCCAUCCUCGUGCUCCACCUCCUCUUCCUCCCUCCGGCCACCCCUGUGAUGCCUCCCUCGUGCUGUGGCUGCCUGUCACAGUACACCCAUCACCAUCUGGUUGCCUUCCUUCUCACCUUCUUUAGCUAUGUGUUACUACAUGCGUCCAGGAAGACCUUCAGCAAUGUGAAAGUGAGCAUCUCAGCCCAGUGGACACCAUCCGUCCAGAAUGUCAGCCUCUCCCCUGGCGAGACAUGGGAGGACAAUCAUCUGUUUGCAGAUGAAAACCAGGCCACUCUGUUCCUGGGAGCUCUGGACUCCAUCUUCCUCUUCUCAUACGCAGUGGGUCUGUAUCUCAGCGGUGUGAUUGGGGACAGAGUGAACCUGCGCUACGUGCUAUGCGUCGGCCUGUGCGGCUCUGCUGCAGUGGAGUUUGUGUUUGGCACCCUCACCGAAUGGCUCCAUAUCUACAACAUCUAUCUGUACUGUGGCCUGUGGGUGCUGAAUGGCCUGCUGCAGUCAGCCGUCUGGCCCUGUGUGGUGGCCGUCAUGGGCAACUGGUUCGGCAAGACGGGCCGUGGCUUUAUCUUUGGCCUGUGGAGUGCUUGUGCCUCUGUAGGCAACAUCCUGGGGGCCUUCCUGGCGUCUAGCGUGCUCAAGUAUGGAUAUGAGUACGCCUUCCUGGUGACGUCAGUGGUGCAGUUUGCCGGCGGGGUGGUGGUGUUCUUCGGCCUACUUACCUCCCCAAAAGAAGUUGGUUUGAGUUUGGAGGCAGAGACGGGGCUCAAUCCGGUGGAGACGGACACAGACAGCCACCGGCCUCUGAUGAGCGACGAGGAGAAUGAGGUGGAGGUGGAGGUGUAUGGCAGACGGUACCAGUCGGUUCAGCAGCCGGACGAACCUCUGGUUGAGCCUCCUCGAGCCAUCGGCUUCUGCCAGGCUUUCUGUCUGCCUGGAGUGCUACCUUAUUCUCUGGCUUACGCGUGUCUGAAGCUGGUCAACUACUCCUUCUUCUUCUGGCUUCCUUUCUACCUGAGCAACAACUAUGGCUGGAAGGAGGCUGAGGCCGACCGUCUGUCCGUGUGGUAUGACGUCGGAGGAAUCAUCGGAGGGACAGUUCAGGGUUUGAUUUCUGACUUCAUGGGAAAGAGAGCCCCGGUGUUGGCCAUUAGUCUGGCGCUGGCGAUGGGAGCCCUGGUGGGAUACAGCAACUCGCCUAACGACAAGGUGAUAAACGCAGCGCUGUUGGCUACCACUGGCUUCUUCAUCGGCGGCCCAUCUAACAUGAUCAGCUCAGCCAUAUCCGCUGACCUGGGCAGACAGGAGGCUCUGAGGGGGAGUCAGGAGGCUUUGGCCACUGUCACUGGCAUAGUGGAUGGAACUGGGAGUAUAGGAGCUGCUGGUGGACAGUACCUGGUGUCCCUGAUUGAGAGCAAGCUGGGCUGGAUGUGUGUGUUCUACUUCUUCGUCGUCAUGACAGGGGGCAGCAUUGUGUUCAUCACUCCCUUGCUCUUCAAAGAGGUGCGUGCCAUGUGGAGAGACAGACAAGCUCUGCACCGCCAGCUGUGAAAGCGUCAACAUCUGUCGGCCGUAAUGUUUCUACUCUUUAUCAGUGACCGCACACACGCUGCUCAGACACUCCCCUUAUAGGUGAGUUACAGGAGUCGGACCGAUUUUGGUGGAUGAUGUUUCUCUCAGCCAUGUUGAUUAAGGUGACCUGGAGUUAGUGCACCACCAGUUUAACUCUCACAGCGUCCAGUGGUUGUGUGGUAUAACCCCCGUGAGUAGGUCUUUGAGCACAACGCUGAAGUCUUCUCAACUCACUAAAAGCCUCAAGUGUGAACACAAGGAUUUAGAGGUUGAGCUGAAGUGCCUGAUUUAAAAAAAUGAAUAAAUAAUUAAAGGCUUUUAAAGGGACCUGGCUGUCAGGCACAACCAGUCUGUGAAUUCACAGAAUGUGCUAGUGUAUAUAUUUUAGAAUUUAUAUGGAUGUAAAAAACUUUUUAAAAUGCACAUGCUCUUGAGUCAAUUUUGGCCUUAUUUUCAGGAGUUCUUAACUUACUGUAAUAAAAAAAAAAGAAAACAGGCCCUCUGAGGCAGACUGGGGGUCAGGAUUGCCUGAAGAAUGUGAAUAAUGAUUUUAAUGUAGAAAUGUAUUGUCAGCUUUUGUAGAUAUGUAUAAUAUUUUGGUUGAGAUAAUGAAUAUUGCACUGUAGUAUUCUAAUAGUAACAAUUAUGUCUUGAAGAUUUUACUGAACCACUUAGAUCUUAGCUGGGUUUUGGUGAGCGUUCAACUCGCAGCCACUCGAUUUCUCUCAUGUACAGUAUUUUGUGUAAUCAGGGUUAGAAACUAUACUUUAAAGCCUUUCCGUUAAAGGGGAUUGGUCCUCUUGAUUCUGUAUGUGUGUCAAUCACCUCAUCCUUCAUCCUUUUUCACCUCCUGGCCACUGGAAUGUUUACGCCUCAAGUUUGAGUGUCUUAAGUCACAGGAAAACCCCCACACUCACACACUGACAGAAACACAAUUAGAACAAUGUCCCAUUGUCCUCUCAAACGUUUAGUUUACAGCGCAUAUCUGACACACAUUGAAGUGUAAACUGCAUACUGACAUUGCAGACGAGAAACGUUUUGUCUGUUUAUAGCAGAAACUGCACUUUUGUUUUGUUUGGGGAACUUGACUGUGAAUCUACCCAAACGUUGUCUGUUAUUAAGUUUUAAAGGAAAGAUACUUGUACAGCACCAGCCAUGUGCGAGGUAUUGUUUGAAUAUGUUGUCUGCCAUCAUCAUCAUUUAGUUACAAUUUGUAAAAAGAGACUAGAAUUUGGGAUUUUCCAGCCAUUGUGGCCAAUACACACUACAAAUAGUGUGCUCCAUUGCAUGUAGAUACAUAAAUCACCAUGUAACAUGCUGACAUGUUUCCUUAUGCUAACCCGAGAGCAGUGGAGCUUAAAACUAAAAAUCUCUUAACUUGCCAAGUAAAAUGUAUUCGAAUGUAAACUGAAAUGUAUGUGGAAUUUGUAACACUAUCUGUGGUGUAUUUUUUUUUUUUGAUUUGUUUUAUUUUUAUUUAUGUGAACUUUUCAAGUUUUAACUAAUGUAAAUGCAAUUUUUUCAUUUUAAAUAAAUGCAAAUCACAUUUUGCAAA